ACAGAGCCGAUAAAUAUCCAACAGCUUAACAAAUGAAUCGCAGUUCCAUAAUAACAGUCACCGCCAGAAACAUAAGCAAUCUUUCUUUUUCAUUGAGAGAUAGAGAGAGAGAGAGAGAGAGAGAGAGAGCGCGAGGGAGAGUUCUUGUUCUUUAUUGUCUGAAAAAAGCUCACGACAGACCGGAAAGAUUAGUCACGAAGACUUGUUGUCAAGAAUAAUUGUUCAUUUCAGACAAGAUCUUAAUAGACUAGUUGUUGGAAAUGGGAAGAGAAGUUGUUGAGUCGGUGAACAAAGAUGCAUCCAAUGGAAGGACUCACGUGGCUCCCAAGUUAGCUGCAGAGGAGGAUUACGAGGUUAAAGAAUGCACUGAGGAGGCGUCUCUCUCCCAGAAUCAUCAAUCUCCUCCUAGUGUAAUCACUGAGAAUGAUGUGAAGAAGCCGUUGGAGCUUGAUAACAAGAACAGUUUGGAUGAAGAAGAUGAAUCUUCUCUUGCUUCUUCCGCUGCAACAUCCUUGAGGAAUGCUAAGUCUAGAGCAGUAACUCAUGGAACUGCUCCACGGUUUAGGAGUGCUCAGCGCGCUGAAAAACGCAAGGAGUACUACCAAAAGCUUGAAGAGAAACACCAAGCACUAGAAGCUGAAAGAAACGAGCUCGAACAAAGGCAAAAGGAAGAACAAGAAGCAGCCAUUAAACAGCUAAGAAAAAACCUCAAGUUUAAGGCUAAUCCGGUGCCUAACUUCUAUUACCAAGGACCUCCCGUGAAACCAGAGCUUAAGAAGUUUCCUUUGACGCGUCCAAAGUCCCCCAAACUCAAUCUCUCUAGGAGAAAGAGUUGCGGAGAUGCCAUUAACUCUUCUGGUGAAGAGAAUCCGAAGUCAGUCUCUACACAGAACCGACACAGCGUCGGCAAAACAGAGUUGAAGCCUGUGAGUGUGAAUGAAGAUUCUUCCAUGGAGGAAGGGGUUACCAUAACCUAAUUUGAUUAUACCGGAAAAAACCGAACCAAACCAAACUCUGAUUUCUGGUUAUCUACGGUAUUUGUUCAGUUUCUCAAUCGUUCUCCUCGAACGGUUAUUGAUUGUUUUUUCUGUUUCACGUUUGUCUCUACUUGAUUUCUGUUUUAAUGUUACGUAACGUUUAAACCUGACACUGUAUAUUUUUAAGUGUUUGAGUAAUCUUAGAGCUAAAGAUUGAAUCGAUUAUGC